AUGCAUUGCUUUUUAAGUCAGAAAUCGCAAAAUAUGUAUCGUUUUUCUCUUCAUCGCCUCUCGUCGUUUCGUCGUCUAGCGCGUACGGUCACCACAUGGUCUCCAGCGCCUGCUUCGCAGCCAGCAUCGCUUAAGCUCAAGACUGGGGAAGCAUUUGAGGGCCGCUCGUUCGGUGCUCCGCGCAGUGUAUUUGGUGAGACUGUGUUCACGACAGCUAUCACGUCGUACACAGAUUCGCUCACAGACCCAUCUUAUACAGGCCAACUUCUUGCCUUCACUCAGCCACUUGUCGGAAAUUACGGCGUGCCAGACAAUACUCGAGCUGGCUCUUCUCGUCAGCAUCCCAAAGAUGUCGACAUUGGUUGUUUCCUUGAAUCAAAUGGGAUCAAGGUUUCGGGUGUGAUUGUGAGUGAGUUGUGUGAACGUUUUUCCCAUUUUGAAGCGUUCGAGUCUCUUGCCAGCUGGUGUGCUCGUCACAAUGUGCCUGGUAUCCAAGGUGUUGAUACUCGUGCUUUGACAACAAUCCUGCGGAACCAGGGAUCCACACUAGGCGCUAUCCUCGUGGGUGACGAGCAUCAGCGCAUCCCCGACCAGUCCGAGUUUGUCGAUCCUAUGGAAAGGAAUCUUAUCGCUGAAGUGUCGACCAAAGAACCGUAUACGCUUCAUCCAGUGAACGGUCCAUCUUCAGCUCGUGCACACAUUGCACUGAUUGACUUUGGUUUAAAAGCCAACAUUUUGCGCUGGCUCUUGCGUCACGACACAAGUGUGACAGUGCUGCCGUGGAACUAUGAUUUUUUUUCUGUGCGUGAUCAAUUUGAUGGUCUUUUUCUAAGCAAUGGACCUGGUAGUCCCAAUUCGGUGGCUUCCAUUAUGCCUGGUAUCCGUCGCACGAUUGAUGAAUGGGACCGCCCCAUCUUUGGUAUCUGCAUGGGUCACCAGGUGAUUGGUGUAGCCGUGGGACUGCGUGCGUACCGUAUGAAAUUUGGCAACCGUGGCCACAACCAGCCCGUUUUGGCUCUUGGUCACGGCAACAUGCGUGUUGAUCCCGGUCGUGUUUACAUAACGUCUCAGAACCAUGGGUAUGCGCUGGCGUACAAUGAGACGGGUCCAGAUGCAUGGCCUCAAGACUGGCAGCCAUGGUUUGUCAAUGCAAAUGACUGGAGUAUUGAAGGCAUUGUUCGCACAGGUGGUCUCGAUAAGCAUGCACCUGUGUGGGGUGUGCAGUUCCACCCUGAGCAUGCAGGUGGCCCCGAGGAUACCAACCCUCUGUUUGAUGACUACGUGGAACAGGUUGUUCGGUAUAAAUUGAAGCGCGGUGCUUAA